AUGCAGUUGCCACUCAGAUACGAUCCCUUUAUCGAAUCAGCUAAAAAGAGAGACAUUGACGUUUCAUAUGUUGUUUGUUCUACCUUUACAGUGGGGUGGUUUGGAGGAGAGGAGAGUCCUAAAAGUGUGGUAAAGCUUCAAUGUUUUUAUAGUAAGGACACCGUUAAUUUGUACCUUAGACCAAUAGAAGGUAUAAAAAUGGUUGUUGAUCUUGAUAAAAUGAAGAUUGUUGAAUACAGUGACACCCUCAAGAUUGCAAUACCAAAAGCUGAGGGAACUGACUAUAGAUUUUCCCACCAGAAACCACCUUUUGGUCCCAGAAUAAAUGGCGCAGCCAUCAUGCAAUCCAAUGGACCAGGCUUCCAGAUCGAUGGCCAUACUAUCAGAUGGGUCAAUUGGGUCUUUCACCUAUCAUUUGAUGUCCGAGUUGGACCAAUUAUAUCUCUAGCAUCAAUUUACGAUCAAGAAAAGCAGACCUAUCGCAGUGUGGUGUACAGAGGACACAUAUCCGAAAUCUUUGUCCCAUACAUGGAUCCAACCGAGGGAUAUUACUUCAAAACAUUUUUUGAUUGUGGAGAAUUCGGGUUUGGUCAAAAUGCUGCAUCAUUAGUGCCCCUGGCCGAUUGUCCAAAUAAUGCAGUACUCAUGGAUGCGUAG